GUUAGCUUUAUCAUCCUGUUAGCUUUAAAGGAGGAAGUCUCUUUUCUCCGGAUUUAAACCAAAUUAAACAUUAAUUAAACCUCUUUUUCUGAUAGAAACAGAGCAUGGAAGCGAGUAGGAAACCUCAGACAGAAGAUGCUCCUGGAUCAGAGGAGAAGUCCCGACAGGCAGUGGUGACGCCGGCUCGUCUGCCUGAGCUCCGUCUGGUGGUCCUCGGGUGGAGGUGGCCGGGGAAAAGCCUGACAGGAAACACCAUCCUGGGGAAGGAGGAGUUUCACCUGGAGCGAGCCGCCGAGUUCUGCGUGAAGAGAGAGACGGAGGUGUUGGAGCGGCAGGUGACGGUGGUGGAUACUCCCGGAUGGUUCUCUGCUCAGGACACGCCUCCUUCCUACAAGCAGGAGCUGGUGAGAGGAGCGUCUCUCUGCCCCCCCGGCCCUCACGCCUUCCUGCUCGCCAUCCCCGUCGGCAUGUUCACCGAAGUGGACCGCCAGCGCAUCGAGGAGCACGUGAGUCUGUUCGGAGAGCGCGUGUGGAGGCACACCAUCGUGGUGUUCACCUGGGCCGAGGUCCUGAGGAACAUCUCCAUCGAGAGGUACAUCCGGAGGGAGGGGAAGGACCUGCAGUGGGUCCUGGAGAAGUGCCACAGGAGGUACUUUGUGAUCAAUAACUGUGAGUUCGGAGAGCACCCUCAGGUGGGAAGGCUGCUGGAGAGGGUGGAGAAGAUGGUUGCGGAGGAGGGGGGGUUCUACCAUGUGAAGGAGGAAGAGGAGGAGGAGGUGAAAGAGGAGAAGAAGAAGGAGGAGAACCAGAACCAGAACAGAGAGGGAAGAGAGCUGGGAGCGAGACCCAAACAGAGCUCAUCGCUGAGUCUGUCCAAAACCAUGGAGGUGGAGCCGCGGGCCAAUUAACGUCUCCGAUGGCGGACCAAUCGGAUCGCUCUGACGCUCUGAAGCUGCUUCUGAUUGGAGGAGAAACAGAGAUUUCACUGAGAGUAAAAACAGUGGGACGGUUUUAAUUUAUUUUUUUAAAUCUGACAUUUGACUGUUUAUUCGUUUAUUGUUCUUCGCUGUGACGACGAGGCCUUUUGUUUCAUGCUCUCCUAAAGAGGGUGUUAUUUAAACGUUACAGACUCCAUCCUUCAACGUGCAUCCUUCAAAGUGCAUCCUUCAGAGUGCAUCCUUCAAAGUGCAUCCUUCAGACUGCAUCCUUCACACUGCACUACUCGACUGUUACUAAGGUCAAUAAUGUGAUAUGUUCUGUAACUGAUUCCUGUUUGUUGUGACCAAACUGUAAAUGCUUUUCUCGUGCUUAGAACGCCGGUUAUUGAUUAUUGAUUAUUACUUAAAUGCAUCUGUAGCAUGUUCAUAGCUGUGUGGGAGCAGAGGGAGGUGAUUAGACUUUUUAAUGUUAAAAGUGUCAAAAAUGACUUGUUGAAGCUUCUAAAUGUAUCUAUUUUUGCAGGAUUUUGUGUUAAAAACUAAAUAUGUUUGGGUUUUUGGUCCUAAUUUGACAAGAUGAGAAAUUUCCAGAGGUCCAUUGUGGCGUAAAUACAGAUUAAUGGUGAUUUUACCCUUAUUUUUUGCAUUUAAAUGACAUUUCAUCGACCAAAUGAUCCAUGAAUUCAUCUACAAACUGAUUUGAAGAUAGAAGUUGGAAGCAGCCUCAUCUAAACAACUUUUAUUUUACAGAAAACUCAUCGGGUUUUAGGUUUUUUUUGGGGAUAAAAUGGUAAUAAAACGGGUGUUGUAACAGACUA